CAAUUCAUCUUCUUUCUCAGCCUCUCACCCACCGGCACCGCCUCACCGGCUUUCGUGCAGCCAGCGGCCAGCCACACCCCACGUGAAUACAACCCCAUCCGAGAAACUUCUUGCUCAUCACCAAUGCCAUCACCGGAGGUUCUCAUCCCAGGCCUCCCAAACGAGCUGGGGUUCGACAUUCUAGCCCGUGUACCGAGACAAUACCACCCGGUCCUGUUAGCUGUAUCCAAAUCCUUUAGAUCAGCCAUCUCCUCUCCACAGUUGUUCACUACAAGAUCUCUCCUCAACUCCACUGAAAACCUGCUCUAUUUUAAGGUCAGCUUCUCAUGCGUCGACUCCGACGAUUGGUUCGCCAUCCACCAAAAGUCAGUUGUCUCCUCCACUGAUAACCCCAAUCGUACGAGCUUUCUUCGAUUUGUCCGAAUCCAACCAAACCCAUCUAAAUUAACAGCAUCUGGCUAUGCUGCUGUGGGCCCCAACAUCUACGCCAUUGGCGUCUUCGCUCGAAACCUAGGUGGUGCGAAACAUUCCUCCGAUGUGUGGAUACUGGAUUAUCGCUCCCACACGUGGCAGAAAGGCCCAAGCAUGCUAACACCACGCUUAGACGUCGAUGUAGCUACAGUGGGCAACAAGAUUUAUGUCUUCGGAGGAGGGAUGAUGAACAAACCAUUGGUCGAAGUGUUUGACCCGUUGGUUGGACAGUGGGAACACGUUCCAAGCCCACAUGAAGACGGGUGCAGUGAGUGUUCUGAAUUCGUGGAAGUUUUAGAUGUUGUGUAUGAUAUAUUCAUCUUCAUCAUGGACAUGGUAACUUUUCAUGGAUUUCGGCUGGACGUAGAGACCAAUAGGUGGGAGGAGUCAGAAGAUUUAGUAGAUGAUCAAAGAAUAGGGGACGGUGUGGACUGUGUGGUCGAUGGGGUGACUUAUCGCUGUAGUGAACAAUGGCCAAGACUUCAAUGGUUUGACGAAAGAAACAUGAUGUGGACAAUGGUCAAAGGUGUGGUGGAAGGGAAGAACAUUGUAAGUGCCAAAUGUGUCAAUUUGAAAGAAAGGUUGGUUGUGAUGUGGGCAGAGGUGAAUGAGUGGGAUGUCGAGUUAUGGUGCGCAGAGAUCGAUGUCUUUAAAAAUAAAGAUGAUGAUGGAGAAUUGUGGGGUAGGGAGGUUCACAAGUUUUCUUUGCUUCCACAAGUGGCUUCGAGUUUGACCGUAAAUGACUUGCGCUCGGCUAAUUGGGCAUUUCGUUUCUAUAGAAAAUCUUUAUCUGUUUCUUUAUGA